UAUUAUCGACUGGUCGAUCGGUCAUGGAAAGCAACAUCUCUUAAAAAAAUAUUAUACAACGGUGAACAUUUAAGAUUUGAAUAAAUGUACAACGAGACAUCACCACGGUAACUUUCGAGAGCUUGAACUUUUUGCGUCGCUGUGUUGCAUUUCCGCUUACGUAAUGUCGAAAUGUCCUUCAGGCGUGGCUUAGGCCGUCAAUAUAAAUCUCGUGGGUGGCUUGAUCGAGACAGAUUUUGCUGGCUAGUUUUCAGUGGAGUUUGUUUCUCGUUUGCCUCAAGCUGAGUGAAAUGGACAGCGUGCGGACUUUCGACAGCGCCACAACUCUAACAAUUUGCGAAGGAUGCGAUGUGAAGAAACCGGAGCAUAUUUUUUAAAAAAGAUGCAACUGCUGUGAUUGUUUCCGUAGAACAAGCUCUUUCCGUGUUUGGCAAAUUUUGCUGGUCCUCCUCGUAAUUGUGAUCAUUUUUGCAGGACUGGGCCUAGCGAUGUUCCGUACUGGAAAGGAUACAGUUUCGCGUUCUCACGAAGCUAUUGAGAACACGAGAAAACCAAUUACUGAGGGUAUAACAACAAGAAAAGAGGAAACCACUUCUCCUGGUAAAGAAACAACACCAGGCAAACCAACUGAGCAACAAACAACUCUUGGUACCACUAAACAGACAAUUCAGGAGACAACUGGCCAACCCACGACAGGUCCUUCCACUCAACAACCUACAACCACUGCAGAACCUACAACUACGAAGCCACCGUCGACAACUUCAAAACCUACAACUACGAAGCCACCGUCGACAACUUCAAAACCUACAACUACGAAGCCACCGUCGACAACUUCAAAACCUACAACUACGAAGCAACCGUCGACAACUUCAAAACCUACAACUACGAAGCCACCGUCGACAACUUCAAAACCUACAACUACGAAGCAACCCUCAACAACUGCAAAACCUACAACUACGAAGCAACCCUCAACA